CCUUAUCCUUCUGCUCCCAGCAGAAAGUCGAAUAUGAAGAUUAGUAUUUAUUUUAUCGUCGCCCGCGCUUUAUGCUGCUGUAUUAUUGCUUGCUCCGUAAAGAGUGGGCUGCGUCGGUUUACGCGGAAAGAAAUACAGGAGCGAUUAGACGCUGCGAUUUCUGGAAACCUGACCGGGACAGUAUUCCUGGGCAACCUGACCAAUCCUUCGCAUCCGCCUGACCCACUUGCGAAUUCCGUACUCAUCAAGGCAGCUGAAGGAGCGCCGGUGACGUUCCCUUGCCACGACGACCGCGCAAAUCGACCUAACGGCGACGGCCACAACCUGGUGGUGGGCUGGAAAGACAUGGAGUUCACCAGAACGAGUCCUGUGGAACCGGCCCGCCCCGUUAUCAGUUGCGGUUGCCGCAAUUUCACCUCGCGGAUCGUAGGAUUCGAUGUAUUUGAGUACAAUGAUACAUUCGUCAGUGUCAAGUUAAACGACUUCAGCCAGGCCAAUACCGGGCGAUACGAGUGCCGAUGGUACGAUGGCGCCGACGUCUUUGUCAGUCAGCGAUAUGUAGUUAGUGCUAAGUUCUCCGCGCGCCAACUCUUCACGCCGCCCAUGCACAGUGUUUCAGCCAAGAUCGGCGAGCGCGUGGAGCUGCGGUGUUACGUAAAGUUCGACAAGAUGGCCGGCGAUUUACCAUCGCUGUUCAUGUGGACGAACGAACGCGAUUUUCUGAUGGCCAGUUACGCCGAACAUCUGCACCACGCCGUCCGCUAUCGGAAAGGCAUCAUCUGGUGGAUGGCGCCCGUGACGGGGGCUUGCUACAUGGCGCUGAUUAUUCCGUCAAUGACGCUGGAUGACGCCGGCCGGUAUCGCUGUUGGUUUAGAGUGGACGCCGUGCUGGAAGAGUGGCUGGUGCAGAGCGCGUACAUCACCGUGACGGAGUAAACGUCGGACUAGGAUACUUGUUUUUGCGAUCUUGUUCUCUAAUCACCGCCAACUUUUAGCCACUGCGCCGGCGUGUAUCUUGUUAUGUAUUUUGGGAACCCUGACAAAAGAUUGCGCGGUAGUGUUAACAUCUCAUUUUAUCGGUAACCUAAAAAAAAGUUA